AGACAUCACAACUCCAUAAGGAGAAAGAAUCUCAUAUUUAACCCUAGUCCGUUACAUCCAAAUACCUUACUAAGAAUGGUCGUCGCUGUUAAAGUAUUUAAGAAAACUACACCAAAUGGCAAAGUUACGGUUUACCUCGGCAAGCGGGACUUCAUUGAUCAUAUGGAUUACUGCGAUCCCGUUGAUGGAGUCGUGGUUGUUGACAAUGAUUACCUGAAAGGAAGGAAGGUCUACUGUCAGCUCGUGACAACGUACCGCUAUGGUAGGGAAGAAGAUGAAGUGAUGGGAGUGAAGUUUUCCAAGGAAAUGGUGAUCGGUCAAGAGCAAGUUGUGCCCAUGAUCAACUCGAAAAUGGAGCUUACUUCGGUCCAGGAGAAACUUAUUAAGAAGCUGGGCCCUAAUGCCUAUCCAUUCACCUUCAACUUCCCUGAUAUGGCACCUAGCUCGAUCACUCUCCAACCUUCUGAAGAAGAUCAGGGCAAGCCCAUGGGAGUGGAUUACUGUGUUCGAACCUAUGUGGCUGAGACUGAAGACCAGAAAAGCCACAAGAGGAGCUCAGUGACUCUUGCUAUCAAGAAGCUGCAGCAUGCCCCUGCUAACCGCGGCCGUCGUCUUCCAAGCUCUCUCGUGAGCAAGGGCUUCACUUUUAGCAACGGAAAGAUCAAUCUGGAAGUAACUCUAGACAAGGAAAUCUACUACCAUGGCGAGAAGCUAGCCGCCAACGUCAUUGUAUCCAACAACUCCCGGAAGUCGGUCCGCAACAUCCGCUGCAUGGUUGUCCAGCAUGUUGAGAUUACGAUGAUUAAUUCUCAGUUCAGCCGCCACGUUGUCCUGGAGAGCCGUGAAGGAUGCCCUAUCACCCCCGGCGCUAGUCUGUCAAAGACUUUCUAUCUAGUGCCAUUGGCGCGUACCAACAAGGACAUUCGCGGUGUGGCUUUGGACGGUCACCUGAAGGAAGAUGACGUCAACUUGGCUAGCUCGACCCUGGUGGCCGACGGAAAGUGCCCGACUGAGGCUAUUGGUAUCGUGGUUUCCUACUCUGUACGUGUGAAGCUGAACUGUGGAACUCUGGGUGGCGAGCUGGUCACUGAUGUACCUUUCAAGCUCCUGCAUCCCGCUGAAGGCAGCGUUGAACGCCAGCGUUUCAAUGCAAUGAAGAAGAUGCAGAGCAUCGAGAGACACCGUUACGAGAACUCUCUCUACACCAACGAGGAAGAGGACAACAUCGUCUUCGAAGACUUCGCUCGCCUCCGAAUGAACGAGCCGGAAUAAACACACUUGAAAAACUUACAAAAAAAUAGCAAAAUGUACAAAAAACACAAAAAUAUCGUAACUAAGCAAGUGUCGACCAUGGAACCUACCCUCAAUUGUGUACCUACUUACGUAUUUUUUAUUUGUAACCAAAUUAUUUAUGAGUUUACCCUAUUGAUGUGGCUUUAUAUGCUAGGUAAUCAUCUCAAUAUUUAAUGUAUUGUAACUACAUCUUGAGAUAAUAUUUAGGCAAAUUAAUAAAAUUGUAUUAAGAAUUAUUUAAUUGUCUACUAUCAUUAGGCAAAUAUAUAUUUUGGAAAAAUUAUAACCACUUACCUUUACUAAAGUUAUUGUUCCUCUAUUUUAUUUAAAAAUAAACAUCACCAGAAAGA